UGUACAAUAAUCAUGCGGGAAAUUUGUCAUUUACAAGCGGGUCAAUGCGGAAACCAAAUCGGCGCUAAGUUUUGGGAAGUCAUAUCCGACGAACAUGGCAUUGAUCCGACCGGAUCAUAUCACGGGGAUUCUGAUUUACAACUGGAACGAAUCAAUGUAUAUUAUACUGAAGCGCUCGGUGGUAAAUAUGUACCUCGAGCAAUUCUUGUGGAUUUGGAACCGGGUACUAUGGAUUCGGUGAGAUCGGGUCCUUUCGGUCAAAUUUUUCGACCAGAUAAUUUUGUUUUUGGACAAUCCGGUGCGGGAAAUAAUUGGGCCAAAGGACAUUAUACGGAAGGCGCAGAAUUGGUGGAUUCUGUCUUGGACGUAGUCAGGAAAGAAGCAGAAAGUUGCGAUUGCCUGCAAGGGUUUCAACUGACCCACUCAUUGGGCGGCGGAACUGGUUCCGGGAUGGGCACACUUUUGAUAUCUAAAAUUCGGGAAGAAUAUCCGGAUCGUAUUAUGACGACAUACAGUAUUGUUCCUUCGCCCAAGGUAUCUGACACUGUUGUGGAACCGUACAACUCCACAUUAUCCGUGCACCAGCUGGUCGAGAACACCGACAAAACGUUUUGCAUCGACAACGAAGCGCUGUACGACAUAUGCUUCCGGACCCUGAAGCUCACCACGCCCACUUACGGCGACCUGAACCAUUUGGUGUCGGCGGCCAUAUGCGGCGUGACCACGUGCUUCCGGUUCCCCGGGCAGCUCAACUCCGACCUCCGGAAGCUGGCUGUCAACAUGGUGCCGUUCCCGCGUCUGCACUUUUUCAUCACCGGGUUCGCGCCGCUCACGUCCCGCGGCAGCCAGCAAUACCGCGCGCUCACUGUUCCCGAGCUGGUGCAGCAGAUGUUCGACGCCAAGAACAUGAUGGCCGCGUGCGACCCGCGCCACGGCCGGUACCUGACGGCCGCCAGCAUAUUCCGCGGCCGCAUGUCCAUGAAAGAGGUGGACGAGCAGAUGCUCAACGUGCAGACGAAGAACUCCAGCUACUUCGUCGAGUGGAUACCCAACAACACGAAGACUGCGGUGUGCGACAUACCUCCUAGGGGCCUAAAGAUGUCGGCCACGUUCAUCGGCAACACCACGGCAAUCCAAGAGAUGUUCAAGCGCGUGUCCGAGCAGUUCACGUCCAUGUUCCGGCGCAAGGCGUUCUUGCACUGGUACACAGGCGAGGGCAUGGACGAGAUGGAGUUCACCGAGGCGGAAUCUAACAUGAACGACCUGGUGUCCGAGUACCAACAGUAUCAAGACGCGACCGUCGACGAGGACGGUGAAGGAGAUGACGACGACGAGGACGCAGAGGCGUAA